UUAGCUUCCAACUCGCUGCUUCGAUCCGCACCUGUGCUCCUGUGCUGAAGCGCAAUGGGUAGCACACAGUGCUCCACUGGCUGCGUGUGUCCCAACAAGAACUCGGACAAUGCGCAGGUGGUGGAGCAGGAUCCGAAGCUGGCCUUUGCCAAGAGCAAGGCGGCUUUGGGUCCAGCUUAUGUCUUUGAGGAUGGUGCCACCUACAGCGGUCAGUGGGAAGGGAGUUUAAGACACGGCUUUGGAAUCCACGUGGAAGCGGACGGCUCCACCUACGAAGGACAAUGGGUGGAAGACAAGGCCCAUGGCACCGGCCGUUUACAACACAGUGAUGGUGCCUCAUACGAUGGUCAAUGGCGGGCGAGCAUGAAACAUGGCCAAGGCACCUAUGUGCACUCGGAUGGCUCGAAGUACACAGGCGACUGGCUGAAUGAUUUGCAGUCGGGCAAGGGCACUGAAGAGUGGUCGGAUGGCGCCACAUACACCGGACAGUACAUGGGUGGCCGCAAAAACGGCAAAGGCAAAUAUACUUGGCCCAAUGGCUCCUAUUUCGAAGGCGACUUUGUGGACAACGAUAUCCACGGCUAUGGCGUUUAUGUUUGGACGGAUGGCUGCAUCUAUCGCGGUCACUGGGCCAAGCAGCAGAUGAAUGGCGAGGGCGUCUUCGAAUACCCCGACGGCCGGAAGUACGAAGGCAGCUACAUGAAGAGCCAAAAGCAUGGGAAGGGCAAGCUCACGUGGCCCGAUGGCCGAUGCUACGAGGGGGACUUUGCACAAGGAGACAUGCACGGGCACGGGGUCAUGACGGAAGCCGAUGGAAGCAAGAAGGAAGGUCAGUGGAAACGCGGGGCUUACGUCAAGGACUGAGGCCUUAGUUGUUUCACCAAUGGGGCAAAUGCCACAGGUCAAGCUUUCAACGACAGGUCAUGGUUGAACUUCCAUAGGGUUGAGCUGAAGAGCGAAGAAAUGUUACUUGAAUCGAAUGAACCCAGCAACCCCA